GUUUACUCUUUAGUUCUUUCUGCUGGGAAUUUUUCUUUGUCUCUUGCUGCAGACCAGAUUCUGUCCAGGUUCACCGGUUUACUUCUUUCAUCUCUUGCGAUUUUUUCAAGUCCUGCAGAAUUCUAGGUUACUUCAGCAGGAAGUUAAUCUGCCCUGGCAGGCAGGGGCCGGUGGAGUGAGCUGGGAGUGAUCUGGGAGUAGAAGAAAGCUCCUUCCUGGAGUAAUUUCCUUCCCCUGCCCCUUGUUUCUGGAAGCUUUCUUAGUGUGGGCUGCCUUUGAGCAUGGAAUGAGGCAAUUUAGGGGACAACGUGGCUGUGAUGGUGCUGAGAAGGGGGAGCAGGUCACUACAACAUCAUCAUAUCUCUUCACAACUAUGGCUUUCAGCACACUUCUCUAUCGCAUUGCGGAAGAAAUAGGCAGUGAUGAGCUGGCCUCCCUCAAAUUCCUUAGUCUGGAUCACAUCCCGCAAAAGAAGCAGGAACCCAUCGAGGAUGCCCUGAUACUAUUCCAGACACUUCAGGAAAAGAGAAUGUUGGAGGAAGGCAAUCUGUCCUUCCUGAAGGAGCUGCUGUUCAGAAUUGACAGGCUGGAUCUGCUGGUUAAAUACCUGGGCACCAGCAAGGAGGAGAUGGUGAGAGAACUAACAGAGGGCACAGCUCAAAUUUCUGCCUACAGGGUCAUGCUUUUUAAGAUAGCAGAAGAUCUAGACAAACUGGAAUUGAGAUCUUUUAAAUUUUUUUUGAAAAAGGAGAUCCCCAAAUGUAAACUGGAAGAUGACAUGACCUUGCUUGAUAUUUUCAUAGAAAUGGAGAAGAGGGUCAUCCUGGGGGAAGGAAACUUGGAUCUUCUGAAAAGAAUCUGUAGCCAAAUCAACAGGAGCCUGCUGAAGAAAAUCACUGAUUAUGAGGAAUUAAGCAGAGGGAGAAGAUUGAGCUUUGAAAGAAGUACAGAAGAAUUUUCAAAUGGGGAAGACUCACUCAGAAUGCUGGCAAUCUCGGACUGUCCAAGAGAACAAGACAGUGCGUCACAGGCAUCUGACAAAGUUUAUCCAAUGAAAAGCAGACCUCGCGGAUACUGUUUGAUCUUCAACAAUUAUGAUUUUAGCAUAGCACGAAGAAAAGUGGAAAAACUUCAGAGAAUGAAAGAUCGAAAUGGAACACACCUGGAUGCAGAGGCUUUGAACAAAACCUUUAGUGAGCUUCAUUUUGAGGUGGUACUGUAUGAAGACCAAACAGCAAAACAAAUCUGUGAGGUUCUGAAAUCCUACCAAAGCAUGAACCACAGUGACAAGGACUGCUUCAUCUGCUGUAUUCUCUCCCAUGGAGACAAGGGCAUCAUCUAUGGCAUCGAUGGAGAGGAAGCCCGCAUCUAUGAGCUGACCUCUUUUUUCACUGGUUCAAGAUGCCCUUCCCUUGCUGGAAAACCCAAAGUCUUUUUUAUUCAGGCUUGUCAAGGGGAUAAUUACCAGAAAGGCAUAUGUGUUGAGACUGACUCAGAGCAGCACGAGGCCUAUUUGGAAAUGGAUGUAGCAUUCCAAAAUAAAUAUAUCCCAGAUGAUGCUGACUUCCUGCUGGGAAUGGCUACUGUGAACAACUAUGUUUCCUACCGGAGUCCUGCAGAGGGGACCUGGUAUAUUCAGUCACUUUGCCAGAGCCUGAGAGAAAGAUGUCCUCGAGGUGAUGAUAUUCUCACCAUCCUGACAGAAGUCAACUAUGAAGUGAGCAGCAAGGAUGACAGAAAACGCCUGGGGAAGCAGAUGCCACAGCCCACUUUCACGCUCCGGAAAAAGCUAUUUUUCCCCCUUCUCUGAUCUGUGCUGCUUGGAUGUAUAAUACUACCUCUAUUGAUAUUAGCACUUUUUUAAUAAGGAAAAAGUUAAUAUAUUAACUUAAACUAUACUGUGUAACACUAUCUUUAUUGAUAUCUUGCACUUUGAUAGAAGAAAAGUUAAUAUAUUAACUUAAACUAAUUUCCACACUACAUGAAAAUUUUCUAA